UCAGAAUCUUUUCAUCACCAAACUCAUUAUAGAAUUUCUACCUCUAUAAACCCACAAGCAAAGACUAAAACUUGAACCUAAAACACCAUGGCAGAGGCAGAGGAAGUGAUGCACUAUGGGGUUAGGGGAAGCCCAUUAAGUCUCAGAGUGGAUAUAGCUCUGAGACUGAAAGGUGUGAAAUCCAAAUUCUGCGAAGAGGACCUGCAGAACAAGAGCCCUUCGCUCAUCAAGUACAAUCCAGUUCACAAGAAGGUCCCUGUGCUUGUACACAAUGAGAAACCAAUAGCAGAGUCCCUUGUUAUUCUUGAAUACAUUGAUGAGACUUGGAAGCAUCAGGGCCUUCCAAUAUUGCCUCAAGACCCUUACCAAAGAGCCAAUGCACGCUUCUGGGCUAGCUUCAUUGAUGAGAAGUGCUCACCUGCAAUAUGCAAAGCUUACUGGGAAAUUGAGGGCCAUGAGAAGGCUAUGGAAGAAGCCUGUGAGCUUCUGAAAUUUCUUGAAAAUGAGCUCAAGGAUAACAAGUUCUUUGGGGGAGAGACAAUUGGAUUUGUAGAUAUGGCUGCUAGCUUCAUAGGCUACUGGCUUAGACCUAUUCAAGAAGCUGUGGGUGUGGAGGUGUUGACCAAAGAGAAGUGUCCCAAGCUAUAUGAUUGGUGUGAUGAGUUUGUGAGCCACAGUGUUGUUAAGGAAGUUCUGCCUCCUAAUAAAGAAACACUAAUUGCCUUCUUCCUUGGUCGUUGUGAAAGCACCAAACUACUUGCAAAGUAAAUGGCUCAUGAAUCAAUGUAAGAAUACAUAUUUAUUAGUGCCCUCUUUGUUAUGAAAUGUCAGUCAAACAAAAGUCUGUUAAGAGUAUUUAUCUAUGCACUCGUUGUUCUAAGUUCAA